UCCUGGAGCGAUGCCGACGCAAUGUUAAGUUUCACCGUCAGUCAAGAUCAUUUGACGUUCAAUCGUGAGACAACUCAAACGCACCACAUUCUUUUCCUGUUUCACCGUGGCUUACCUUGACUUAACGAAUAUCGAUACAAAUAGGCAGAAGCAACAUGGACUACUUCCAAAUCGUCUGCGGCCUCGUGGUCGUAGUUCUGGGAAUAUAUUACUACUACAAAUCGAUUUAUGACACCUGGAAAAAUCGUGGGAUACUUGGACCGAAACCUACAUACUUUGUUGGCAAUUUUCUCAACAUACUGAUUAAGAAAGAAUCGGUAAGCGACAGCGUGAAAACAUGGUACGACGAGUUCAAGCAUGAGCCAGUUUUUGGAAUAUUCGAGGGUAGAACGCCAGUUCUCGUGAUUAAUGACCUGGAUAUGGUCAAGGAUGUCCUCAUCAGGAAUUUUUCGACCUUCGUGGACAGAGGAUUCCGAAUUUUUCCGAAGAUAGAACCACUGAUGCAACACCUCUUCUUGUUGGAGCCUGAAAGAUGGCGGCCUUUGAGAGCAAAGCUCUCGCCCAUAUUCACGUCCGGGAAGCUGAAAGAAAUGUUUCCUCUGAUAGUUGAAUGCGCUGAAAAUCUCGAAACAUACUUGGACAAAGUUGAGGAAGACAGGGAAUCAGUGGAGUGUCGCGAUUUAGCCGCAAAGUUCACGACUGACGUUAUCGGCAGCUGCGCUUUUGGUAUCAACAUGAACGCCCUGAUGGACGAGGGCAGCGAGUUUCGUCAAAUGGGCAAGAAGAUCUUCGCACCUGACCUGAAACGAUUGCUCAGAGAAAGCUGUAGACAAUUUAUCCCGUGGUUGUACAGAUUUGUUGGUCCUUUGCUUGAACAGAAAGAUGUGAAUAACUUUUUCAUAAAUUUAAUUACCAAUUCAAUCAAAUAUAGAAGAGAGAAUAAAGUAGUUAGACCAGAUUUCGUGCACUUGCUGAUGGAAUUGCAGGAUCACCCGGAUAAGGUAAACAAUAUGGAAUUAACAGAUUCGUUGCUAGCUGCACAGGCGUUCGUCUUCUUCGCCGCUGGUUUUGAAACCUCUUCAUCGACGAUUGCUCAUGCUCUUUACGAACUAGCUCAACACCAGGAUAUCCAAAAUAAAUUGCGGCAAGAGAUCAAAGAAGUUACCAAGAAAAAUAUUAAGAAUUUGACGUACAAUGAUAUUAAAGAGAUGAAAUACUUGGACAAGGUGUUUAAAGAAACAUUAAGGAAGUAUCCCCUACUGCCGAUGUUGACAAGGCAAGCAAUUGAAGAUUACACGUUCAGUGGCACAAAAAUUACUGUACCAAAGGGGAUGAAGGUGUGGAUACCUGUAUACGGAAUUCAAAGAGAUCCGAAUAUUUAUCCGAAGCCAGAAGUUUUCGAUCCCGAAAGAUUCACCGAUGAAGCUGUUGCUACUAGACACCCUAUGAGUUAUCUGCCAUUCGGUGAUGGGCCCAGGAACUGCAUUGGUGCCCGUUUUGCACAUUAUCAGACAAAGAUUGGUAUCAUGACUAUUAUUCGCAAUCACAAGGUCAAGGUCUGCGAGAAAACGACGAUCCCAUACGAAAGUGAUGCUCGAAACUUCUUGUUGACACUGAAGGAUGGAGUGAACUUGAAAAUCGAAAAGGCAUAAAAUUAAUCUUAAAUGUUGUGUAAGGUAAUAUAACAAGUAUAUUAUAUAAAAUAUAAAAUAAUAAAGACCUGUCAGAAGGAGUAAUGUCCUUAUUGUUUAAAGCGUGAUACGAAUCAGCCUUAAAUUCUCUUACAUUGAAAGAAUUGAUUAUGUAAUGUCUAGUUACGUACCUUUGUGUAACUUAUUUAACAUUGUAAGAUAUAAGUACUUAUCACUCGUAUCGAGUAAUUUGAGGCCCUGCUUGAGGCCCUAUAAUAGCAUUGGACUAAUUAUUUUCAACGAGCCUUAAA